AUGGUCGUGCUGACGCCCGUGCUGGCGGCUGGCAGCAGGUUUGCGAUGGCUGGUGGAAGCGGCCGGGCGCGCGGCAGCCGCGCAGCUCCCAACAAGGUUACGAUUGGCGACCCGCCGCAGGCCGCCGCCAGCUUGGUCAGUGGCCGCUUCCGAGACGUUGCGCUGCAUGGCUGUGGGGGGCGAAACCGGGUUGCAGGCAUUGGCGGAGGCAGCAGGGCAAACACCAACGGAACUGCUCUGCAGCAUUCUGCGACAAGCGACGGCGACGCCUGCGCCGCAGAUGCCCGCCCUGCUUUCCAGCACAAACCGUCCACAGCCAACGUCCGGCGCGGCCGCUAUGGCGACGAACGCUCGCCGCCGCAGACCCGCACCGCCAGUGCCCCGCGCGAUGUGAUGACAACCAGGCUGAGGGGGGGCCCGCCGAGAG